AUGAAUUUAGAUCUGUCAUAACAAUUGCAAAAUUACAGAUAAGAGAUUCACAAUAAGUUCAAAUCAAAAUAAAUUAUGGCUUAAACUAUCUUUAAAUUAGUAUUAAACUUUUUGAUUUUGUUAACUAGGCUUCUUAAUAAAACAAAAAGGACAAUGUCAAUUUAGCUACUUUGAAAUAAGACUUGAGUAGAUAAAAAACUAAAUAGAGAACUUCAGUUUCUAGUAUUUUUAAAAAAUAUUUAGUUUAGAUUUUUAAGGAAGUCCUUUGAAAAAUGUUGUAAGACAAAAUUAAUCACCAAAUGUUUAAAUAAGAAAUGAGUUUAAUUCAUCUAAGUUUAUAAUUCCCAUAAGAUCAAUGUCACAAUUUAAACAAUCACCUUAGUAAUCGAAGUUUCAAAUUCCAACUCCAAGAGAUGUUAAAUAAAAUUAAAGUGCUGUUAAAUUAUAUUCAUCAAAAUAUUAAAAAGUAUUACCUAGUGAAUAAGGCAAUUAUUAUGGUUAAUUGUAAGCCAAAUUAGAUGGUUUAGCAUUAUUGAUAGGAUCUGAAGAGGAUUAUCAUUAGAAUGCCAAAGAUGUAGAAAAUGUAAUUGAAGAAACAAUUAGUAAUUAUUAAAGCUCAAAUAAAUAAAAUAAAUUUGACAAACUAAAAAGUUAAUAGUAAUUGUUAGAAUAAGAUUUGAAGCAAUUAACUUUUAAAAUAUCUAGAUUUAAUGUUUAUAAAGAUUGA